AUGGCAUCAUUUCCGAUAUUAUAUUUUUAAAACAAGACACUAAAAUCCCUUUUCAAUUUUAGAGGAUUUCUACAGGACAGUUCGCUUUUAAAUUAAAGUAGAAAUGUGGAUUAAUUAGCGGCAAGUCAGUUGAUCCAGAGCUCUUGGUGGGCAAGCCAAUUUGCCACUCAAAAAGUAAACAAUUCCAAUACACAAAACGCAGCUUGCUGCGUAGAAAACUGCCAAUAAACAAACAAAUAAACUGGAUACGCAUUGAGAAACAAGAGUGGGCUACUCCAGCACAGACGAAAUGUCCAAUUCCCGGCACCGCAAACCGGCAAAAUCCUCCCGCGUGCCGCCGCAGGCCAGGGAAUACAUCACGGAAUUGGCCGAGGAUCGGGAAUUGGAGCGAUUCAUGGCCUUCUCUUCGACGGCGAGCAGUGGAGCCAGUGGCAGCACGCACAGUUGUGCUCUGGGAACCGUCCUGCCGCCAGGAAUCCCCUCCACCGCUAGUGGCUGCGCCAGGGAACAUGGGUCCCGACCCCAAUCCAGUCACAGGCGCCGCACGAAGAGCAAGGGGUGUCCACCGGCCAGUGGAGAAGCAGAGGAGCACCUCCUGGAGCUGCCACCUACACCACCAACCAGCAAACCCAGUCUCCCCCAGCUGAGUCCACAGAAAACCCAAGGAACCCAAGCGAAAUCCGAUGAAUACACCAUAAUACCUAUUGUAAUGUCCAGAAGCCCAAGUUUACGCCCAGCGGCGGCCACUCAAACCAUGUCCCUAUCCGUGGAGGAUCUAAGGACACCCACCAAGCAGCCCAAGGAGAUGCAAACAAAGAAAACCCAAACGCCGGAGUCGGCUUUAAAGUCACACAAGCGCCUGGAAUGGGAUCCCGCGGCCGAUGUGGGCUACUACAAGAGGGCGGUGUCCACCAGCAACAUCAGCACCCUGGAGCGUUCUGUUUUGGAGGAGUGCGGGUGGCGCCAGCCGAUACAGCAGCGAUCUGAGACUGAUUUGGACAGGUUACACCAUCGGGAGGCAGAGGAGCCGUCGCCCAUGCCGGAUAAACCGGCGCCACCACUGGCCUCCAGUACUUUCGUCAACCGCAGCGAACGUGGGAAGCCCUCGAGCUCCAGAAUGGGGUCUCUGGGCAGUUCCAUAAGCUCUAGGAAGGAGGAUUCGCAGGAGAUUUCCCAUAGCAGAUCUAAAAAGGAGGAUUCUGGCAGUAGCUCCCGGCCAAAGGAUUCCCACAGCAGUUCAGCAAAGGAGUCUACCCAUGGCAGUUCCUUAAAAGAAGCUACCCAAGGCAAUUCAACGAAAGAGGAUACCCACAAAAGUUCUAGGAAAGAAAAAAACCAGAACAGCUCCCAAAAAGAAGAUACCCAAAACAGCUCCAAGCGAGAGGCUUCCCAAAGUGGCUCCAAAAAGGAGGACUCCCUCGGCAGCUCCAAGAAAGAGGAACUAAGGCUCAGCUCACGAGUACAAGAUCCACAGGUCAGUUCCCGCCGAGCGUCACAGUGUAGCUCGCAAAAGGAGUCACUGGGCAGUUACAGAAGGGACGACUCCCGGCUCAACUCGCAGAACAGCUCCAGAAUGGGAUCGCAAAGUAGCUCAAGAAUGCUGAACUCGCGUUCCAGUUCUAGGCGGGAAUCUCAGGCCACCUCGCUAUACGGCAGUUCGGCGGCCAGUAGCUUCGAUUACCACAUAUACAUGGAGCAAGAACUGGAGAUUGCCAAGCAGGAGCAAAAGAAAACCCAACAGAAGGAAAAUGAGCCGAAGGAGCAGCCGGAAAAGUCUCUGCGACCAAGGGAGCAAAAAAAGAAGGAACAACAAACAAACCAUCAUCACGAGAAGGAAAAAAAAAUAGUUCAGCAUCUCGCCAAAGAGCAAAGAAAAGCUGAACAGCGGGAAAAGGAGCGCGAACAGGAGCGUCAGUACACGGCGGCCCAAUUCGAGAAGAUCUUGGGCAGUCGACGGCACGAUAACAAGGAGAACCAGCAGCCACAGGUCCCAGCUGCCAACGUAUCCACCGCCGCAGCCGCCUCCACAUCCUCCUCUUCAAUAGGAAUUGCAUCAGGAUCGGGUCACCGAGGGGAACUGGAUCUGGGAAUCGAUUUGCUGUGCUCGCUGGUAAAAACUCGCAGUCUCAGCCAGGGACAGAAAAAGAAACUCGUUAGGGAUAUAGCCAGGCGUAUUUCCUGCCUGGAUUUGGCCGAGUCUGGCAGCAGUUUACGUUCCCUGAGAAGCAAUCAGUCCAGCAACACAAAGGAGCAACUUAAAGAGCCAAUUCCCUUGCAGCGGCAUGAUAUGGCUACCAAUACGUCGCAAGCUGGUUCGGUGAGAUCUCUUAAAGGAGAGCCUCCAGCUCUGCCAGUUCCCGCUCCUCGAAAGCGUGGAACUGCCGGCACACCUUCACCACUGCCCACAAGUUUCUCAAACAGUGGCUCAACCAGCGCCUCACACGAGGUGAUUACCCAAAAGACCAAUGUACCCACUCGCGAUGCAGCCUCCACGGAUGCAGAUGCAGAGGCCGAGCCCUCGGAUCUGCAGGAGUGGCUGAAUCCCAUGACCCAAAGCGAAAUAGAGUAUGAGCAGCGUUUAAAGGGAGGCGGAGAUUCGGAGCGGAGGAACCAGCUUAACUGGAUCCACACGGAGAUUCGACGCCUGCAGGCGUUGCAGAAACUUUUGGGCGAUACCAAAACCAUUUUGCCAAGCAGUUCUAUGCAAAUCGAAACGGGCAAGGGAUCCGAUUGUUCCAAUGGAAAAUUAACUGUGCCUUCGGUGCAAAUGCCAGGCCUAGAGAGAUGUAGCAGUGGCCAGGAGAAGCCAUAUAUCGUGGCAAAGUUGCCAGAAGGAAUGCCAGCUGAAGCAUACGCAGAGGUGGAAAAUCCGGAAACACCAACCACUCCCCAGCCUCCAGUAAGAAUGGAAUCGGUGGGUGCGGCACCCAAGGAGCUGCCUUCGACUUCUACGUCCAUAGCCACACCGCCGCCGCCACCACCACCGCCUCAUCUUAACCAGCCAAAGCCACAAAAUCGCAAGAAGAUGGCCACCCCUGUACUCCAAUCGAAUAGUUCCACAAGCGGCGGUGGCCGCAGCGAAAGCGUUUGCUCCUUUGUCCAGCAAAGGCAGCGACAGUUCCGCGAGCACUAUCAAAACCAGCAGCAACAGUUGCUCUUGUUGCAGCAACAACAACUUUACCAGCAGCAGCGGCAACUCUACCAGCAACAACAGCAACAGCAGCAACAACUCUUCAAACAGAAGCAGCCGCAUCAUGGUCACCAGGAAACAUAUGCUCAUCAGCAGCAUUGCCCGCAAUACCAGAGGCCUGAGCAGGGAACACACCAGCAACACGAGGAACAAGAGCAAUACCUGCAGAUGCAGUACGCCCAGGCGGCGGGCAGUACCUAUGCCACGCCACAUUUGAGUGGCAGCGCUGGCUAUAGCUGUGCGGAUAACGAGGGAGCCAUCUACUAUCAGGUGGUGAACUCUCAGGCAGCAUCCAGCUAUGUGCAAGCAGCCAUGGUGGUCACAAGAACAACACCAAACGAGGGAGCUGCAGCAAGAGGAGCAGGAGCAGCAGCAGGAUCGGGAGUUGGCAGAUCCACUACAACCACUACCAGUUCGUCGGCUUCCAUGAUGUGCAUCAGUUCGGAUAUGUCCAUACCCAUGGGCAUGGUCAAUACCUGUGAGACCACCACAACGACCACCACCCAUCAGUACGACGAUGUGGCCUGCCAGCGGGUCAGAAGAAUGGCCAAGGAAGCAAGGCGAAAUCCAGAGAGUAUGCAGCGACAGACGCUGCAAGUUCGCCCCAGUGCCAUUGCCUAUGUCAUCCAGUUCACCUCGUCGGGGGACAGUGAGGUGCUGCCCGAGACGCGAUCCCUGCAGGAUCAACUGCAGCUGGCCCGUCCCGAAUUCUGUGCCAAGUCCAAACAACGCAAGGCCAUACUUAACCAAAUGCAGAUGAUCCGGAACGUUAGACGGCGGGAGAUGGACGAUCUGCUGGGCGAGAAUACCAGCUUGGAGACGUUGGACAGGCGACUGCUUCAGCUGCCACCACCGGCCACUUCUCGUUUGAGGAUUUUUACCACCAGAGAAAUGAAGGCCAUGACCACCAAGCGUUGUAAAAGUUUGCCGGAAGUGCUGGCCGCCCAAAAUCGCCAACUGGAAGAACGAAGGCGUCGCUGCAAUCGUCUGAUGCGGGAUGUCUUCAAUAAGCGCCUUCAAAGUCGCGUGGCCAACGGACAGCUCUCGCUAAAUCACAGCAGGACAAUCAUCUAGCGAAGAUCGAAAUAUGAAUGCCAUGGAACAGGAGAAAUGACACCCCAGUACACAGCCCACCAGUUUAAUUUUUAUUUUGCCAUUGCCAGGCUUUUUAUUUGUUUAACUCUUAAACUAAUUGUAAAACCGCGAAAUGAGGUUUGGUUAGGUUUAUAGGAAAUGUUAAAAAUUAGUAUAGGAUAGUUAACCACAUACAAACAUAAACUUAUACGUUUAUAACGUAAAAUCAGCAUUUAUCUAAAUUUAUAAUGUUUUUAAAUUAAAUAAAUUUAUCAACAGGGUUUUUGUUUCGUACAAUUCAAAUUGAUAUUGCAGUGUUGCCAUAAGUAAAUAUUUUAUAGUGUGAAAUUGCGCUUUUUUAAUAAAUGGUAACACUGUUUACCGCCAAAUUUAAAGUAAGUCGUUAUCUGUAAAGAUAAUAUUGUUUGGAUACACUACAUGUAAAGAUCCAGAAUUUAUCACUCUGAUUCUUAGAGUUAGGAUAUCUAAGGGAUUUCAUGUGA